AUGGUUGCAGAAAUGCAAGCAGAGGGUCCGCUGGUAAAGAGAUGCGUCUACGAGGACGUGGUGCCGGCGCUGAAGACCUGGAAGGCCGCCGGAAAGAGGCUCGUCAUUUACUCCUCCGGCAGCGUGGCGGCCCAGAAGCUCCUCUUCACCCACUCCGUCUGCGGGGAUGUUCUGCAUCUGUUCGACGGGCACUUCGACACCGGCGUGGGGCCCAAAGUGGAGAGCGAGAGCUACUCGACCAUCCUGCGUCGGCUGCGCUGCGACCCGGCGAGAGUUCUCUUCGUCACCGACCUUGCUAAAGAGGCGUGGGCAGCGCGGGCGGCGGGCGUGCACGUGGUGGUCUCCGUGCGCGAGGGGACGGCGCCCCUGAGCGCGGAGGACGAGGCCACCUUCCCCACCGUCACCUCCUUCGCACAGCUCCUGCAGGCCCCGGCGAAGAAGGCGAGGUCGGGGGGCGAGGAGGAGGCGAGGGCGAGGGAGGACGAGAGCGAGCAGGAAGGAAGUGGAGACGAAGGAGAAGGAGAAGAAGAAGAGAAAGACGGGAGUGAAGGAAGAGAAGAGAAGGACAAGGAUUAGAAAAUGGAAUGAAAGGAGGGUGAAAAGAAAUCCGAUUAGCGAAGGUCGAUGGGCAGGGCGGCGGUGGGGGGGGGGGAGUCUCGCGGCUCUGGAGGAAAGGAAGUCUGCGGAGGAAGCAGGCUGAACGUUGUGCUGAAGUCUCUUAAGAUGAAAUCCUGUUAAAUACUCCCAAAGAGGUAGGUAAAUUCUCAGGAAUACUGGGAAACAGUCAACAAAUUGACAAUAAAUUAAUUGCAUAAUAAAAGAGACCAGCAAUCAUGGCAAGUCGGUUUAGAAGGUAAGUAAUAGGAACAAAAACAAAUAAUACGAAAAGCGAAAGAAUAGGAAGGAAAAAGGACUGAAACCAGGAAUACCCAGUCGGUAAAGAAUCAGGCGAAGAGAAAUAGAAUGGAGAAUGACGACCUAGUCAACUUUACCUCGCCAUCAUGUAUUUCCUUCUGUCUGUCUGCCUGCCUGUCUAUCUGUCUGUUUGAAUACUGCCAAUUCUCCAUUAACCGUCCUUCACUUAAAGGAAGUCUUCUUGCACAUUGGCUUUUAGUGUUGCUUAGUACCUGUUGCUAUGUCUCACUCCUUGCUGUAUGUAAAGGUCAGUUUAAAUGUGAUGUACAACGAUACCCUUGAGGACAAUAAAAACGAAAGGAUA